CGCGUUUGUUUGUCUUCCGUUUUGUUGUUGCAACGACGGAUUUCGAACCACACCACCAUCACGCCGUCAAAGUUCAGACAUAUGAGUCGGUGUCUAUACCUGUGCGGUCGCAGCCCUUCUACUACCGCCUCGGCGGAAGUCUGGGGGCUUUCGCAGUCGCAAAGAAGAAACCAAUGGACUUCUUCGUUCUCAGAGGUGCAUUACUUUCGCGAUGUCUCAUACAAAAAGAAACACUGGCGUAACUUUUGCGUUGGAUGCACGACAGCCGCAAAAGCCGACGUCGCCUCUCCGGGACACCAACCUGCAGCUGCUUGAGCGGGUGCUUACGGAAACGUCGCACUUGCUCAACCAGAACUGCCGGCUUGUAGGGAAUCUCGACAACCAGUCCCGUCAGAUAUUCGGCUUCUUGCAGACGUUGCACCCAACCCCGGGUCAGCAGACAGCCAGGGUCAACUCAGGAGCCGUUUCGACGGUCCGCCCAGGCGGAUUGACCGACGGCGGUGGCUUGACGGAUAUUUUCGAAACAUCCGGGGGCUCGAUAUUUGCCAGUUAUCCCUCCGGAGAGCGGGCACGAGAGCCUAUCAUCUCGUUCAUUGAGGAUGGUCCAGAGCCGUCGUCUGUAGGUGGUUCUUUGGACGACUAUGUUCCUAGUGAUUCAAUCUUUCGGGAUGAGCAUGAAUACGGCGAAGCGACUUUGAAAUUUCAGUCUAUUGCAAGGAAAAGGUCGCCAUUGAACGACAAUCCUCCAUCUUUCCCUCCAUCUUACGUUGAGGGUAAUCCCAAGGAUACAGCCCGCUCACCAAGCCCGUCCAAAAGCAGAUCUGGAAGCUCUCUGGAGUCAACAGAUUCAGCACAUCCCAGCCACUCCCGUGUGGCGUCAGCGGCUAAGAACAGAGGAUUGGGUAGUCCAGCGGCUGGGGCAAAGGUUGAGCCAGCGGAGACCAAACCGGUGAGGGAACCUGCCCCAGAGAGCGAACAUCCUUGGCGGGUUACUUGGAAAACAUCAGGUUUACAUCCCGAGUCCAUGGCAAAAGCAUGGUGGGACUUUGCCAUGUCGCUCAUUUAUUGGAUAGACCUCGUGGUCCUGCCGGUCUAUCUCAGUUUCGAGAAAAGCAAUCCCGGCCAGCGUCCGCAAGCAGGCUGGCUGGUGUUGCCCAUCUUCUCCAUCAUGGACACUUUGAUCAGCUGCAUCACUUUGCGACCGCGUCGUGGCAGCAAUGAGCUCUGUGGGCUAGGAGAAUCGCUCCUGCUGUACAUAAUCAGCGUCACGUUCCUUGUCGAUGUGGUCACAAUGGUGCCCUGGAACUGGAUCUUGAAAAGCGAAUCGGCAGAGCUCCUGGGAUUCAUCAGGCUGUUGCGCGUCUCGUUCCACUUAUUCCCGAUAGUGAACCGCAACCGGAUUUACGAGGCUCUCGGCGACCGGCUUCAAGAGUACGGCAUUGGCGGGUCAAAUGGUCGCAUGAUCUCUUGUUUUCUGUGGGUUCUCUAUUACCUGCACAUCAACACCUGUUCGACAUUCUUCAUCGGGAGACUGUCCAAGUAUAUCAAGGCAUCGUGGGAUUCCGUCUACUUCAUCGUUGACCAUCCUGUCUGGAAUCAGUAUACGUGGGGAUUCCUGAUGGCAGUAGCGAAUUCAUGGCCGUUCACUAUACCCAUCACCCCACAACGUGCCGAAGAACUCUGGCUGCACUCCAUAUUCAUGAUCGUGGGUGCGCUCAUGACCGGAACGUUAUCCGGCUUCAUCCAAAGUUCCCGUCUGGAUCUCGAUCCUGCGGGUCGUCUAUACAAGGAGAAACUGGACCAGGCCAACGAAUACAUGGCCAUCAAAAAGAUCGACGAAAGCACGCGCUCUAGAGUGCGCGAGUACUAUCGAUUGAAGUUCCGAGAGAAGAUAUUUGAUGAAGGGGCGAUUAUGCGGGAGAUGAAUCAGGAGUUGCGCAACCAAUUCGCGGGCGGUACCGGCCGCGCCCUUCUCCAAUCCGUUCCGUUCCUGAACCACCCGGAUCAAGCGAUCCAGAGCGCUCUGGCAAUGAGUAUGCGAGAGCAUUUCUACGUGUCAGGGCAUACCCUCUACCAACAGGGUACGCGAGGCCACAACAUGUACUUCCUGCAAACCGGAUCGGUCCUCGCUCGGGACGAGGACGGCGUUGCCAUCCGGACAUACACCAGUGGGGAUUUCUUUGGAGAGAACGCACUGCUGACGGACUGCAUCCGAGGCCAUACCGCCCAAGUCCUCACCGCAUGCCAUGUGUACGAGCUCGACAGAUCGCAGUACGAGAGUGUGUGCGAACGGUUCCCGGAUCUUGUCAACCUCGCGUAUGGUGGUUGAGCGGGGGAAUGGGGGCUUCGACCAUGGGGCACCCAAACCCCGCCCCGCCAUCCCGCCUACGUGGCCAACGGUCCUUUGUUUUUGGGGGGAGUCAACCAGUUUUGGACGUGUUACACUUGUCAAAACCUAUUUACAAUUUUUUGGGGACACAUUUUGUUGGCGCGCAAUGGGAUCUUUAUCAGCGAU